GAACUAAAUCUUUAUGCUAUUCUGGGUGGCAUGGUCGAUGUGCCAACUUUAUCAGGGAAGACGCAACUAAAAAUACCAAAAGGGGUUCAGCUAGGACAACUUCUGGUUCCAAGAGGCAAAGGUAUAUUGUUAGUUGCUGCAGGACUGCCAAAGCAUGGCUUUCUUGUAGACCAUGGAGAUCAGUAUGUUUGCUUCCGUGUUAACUUUCCCACUGAAAUAAAUGAACGCCAGCAUGCUAUACUUGAAGAAUUAGCGGAAUAG